AUGGCUAUCAACUCAUCUACAAGUUCUAAUAUUCUUCUGUUGGCACUAACCUUGGUUCUAGCCAUCUUGACAAAAACUCAAGCUAAUGACCCUGAUAUCUUGACGGACUUCAUCACCCCAAAUACGACCUCUGUUGAUGCCAGUUUCUUCACCUACAGUGGGCUCAGCGGGUUCUUUAACCCGAACCCAAAUAACUUCACAGUCAUUAAAGCUACCAUGACCCAGUUCCCAGCUCUAAACGGUCAAAGUGUAUCUUAUGCAGUACUCCAAUUCCCACCAGCUAGUGUGAACCAGCCACACACUCACCCUCGUGCAGCUGAACUUUUGUUGGUUAUAAUGGGUACACUUGAAGUUGGGUUUAUCGACACCAAAAAUGUGUUGUUUAACCAAACGCUUAUAGAGGGCGACAUGUUUGUGUUUCCAAAGGGGCUUGUUCAUUUUCAGUACAACAGGAACCACAACCAAGCUGCAAUUGCAAUUUCUGCAUUUGGAAGCGCGAAUGGUGGCCUGCUUUCCGUACCAAAGUCUGUUUUCGCUUCUGGGAUUGAUGAUAAUGUUCUUGCUAAGUCGUUCAAAACUGAUGUUCCAACGGUACAGAAAAUCGAGCUAGGACUCAAGAAUUAG